AUGCCCAGAUCAGAAUUAGAAAUGAUAAAUUCUCCACCAACAACAACCGAUCAAUUUCAUCAUUCCGAAACAAUAUGGCGUGUUAUUCUAGAUAUUACUAGUCUUAUAAUACUACUUGUUGUAACGGUUAUAUCACAUUUUGUUGCUAUACCAUUUACACGCGGUUUCUUUUGUUCGGAUGCAUCAAUAAAAUAUCCACUUAAAGGCAAUACUAUACCAACUUAUGCUGCAGUUAUUCUAUCAAUCGGUUUGCCACUUGUUGUGAUGUGGAUCACAGAAUUUACUAAAAAAAUGUAUUUUGGGCAUUAUCCAAAACAACGAUUCAUAACUCGUUUAGAAUUAUGUGGCACAAAAGUAGCAAGUAUUAGUCCAUUUGUUCGUAAUUUAUACAUGCUUACUGUGGUAUUUACUUAUGGUUACUUAACUACAUGGGUAUUAACUGAAGUAGCAAAAAAUUUUGUUGGAGAAUUAAGACCACAUUUUCUUGCUGUUUGUCAACCAAGUCUCGAUUGUACAACUAUUACAUCCUUGGAACAAUAUAAUUCAUAUCAACUACCUGAUCUUAAUUAUACAUGUAACAAUCCUGAUGCUACUGCUGUACGAGAAGCACGUCGAUCAUUUUUUAGUGGACAUACUUCUCCAAUUUGGUUCGGUUUUGGUUGGUUAAUUAUGUAUAUUCAUGUUUCAUGGUCAUGGCGUCAUCUUGGUAUUGUUGGUCAUUUACUUCAAACAGGUAUCGCUGUACUUGGGUUUUAUAUUGGAUAUACACGUAUAAGUGAUUUUCAUCAUCAUUGGCAUGAUGUACUUGUAGGUGGUAUUGUUGGCGCAAUCAUUGCUUUUGUAACAUUUAAAUUUAUUCUUAAUUGGCGUCAUUAUGAUCCAAAAUUUUUACCUCAUACAGUAUCCAAUCGAGGAAAAGCAUCCUUAACACAAAGUGAUACAAGUCGUGAUUAUAAUCAAACUGCUAAUUUUUAA